AUGACAGAGACUACGGACAUCGGGAGAGAGGAAAUCGAGAAUUGGCUUCUCGAGGUAGCUAACCCUCUUCGACAUCUGCAGUAUCACCGUGGCAGUAAGAGCCUUGACGCAGAUUUAUGGCUUGAUAAUUUCUACACAGAGGACAUCAGUUUGCAAUAUGCGAACCUCCCUGUUCUUUCCGGGGUUAGUGUUCGACAGGUACGUGUUGUAUACCCUGACGCAUUGUCAUAA